AUGAUGCUGACCAUUACAAACGCCUGCCAUUCGCCGCCUCCGAAAAUCUCCUUUGUCGCCAUCACGAAACUCAUCGCCACGUCUAGCCGCGAAACGCCCCAAUGCGCCGUGUCCGGGGCCGCGCGGUGCUACGGCACCGUAGCCGGCGCCGGCACGGACAAGCAAAAAUCUCGCGGCGGUCCCGAGCUACCAUACCGACCGAAGCAGCACAGCGUGGCAACCUCUGGCAUUGUCGAGCCGACGAUAUUACAAAGAGGCCAUGGGCAGUCGCUCUACGUGCCAUCUGUCCGAUUGUCGCCCGAGGCGUCGAAAUCCCCCUCUGUUCAUAAAAUUCACAUCCUCGGCGAGGACGCGCGAUCAAAGUUUAUCGCACAUGCCCUCUCCGGCGUCUACGACUCGGUCGAGCGACUGGCGUGGACGCGCCCCUCAAAUAAAUACCGAUAUCUUCAGCGAUUCGACAAGCAUGGAACCGCCACCUUUGAGCCGCUCAAUGUCGGGCGGCAAGUCCUCGCCACCAAGAGCGACACGCACAUUGACGAGCUGGUCGUGUCCAGUAAUACGGCGCAGGGUGCAAUGGAGGCCCUCGAGGCAGUCAAGCAUCGGGUAGAUCAUGACACAACAGUCUGUCUCAUGACGGACGGUCUAGGCGUACUGGAAGACGUACGGCAAAAGAUCUUUUCUGUGCCCGAAAAGGAACCCACGUUCUUGCUCGGGAAUAUGAGUCACAAAUUCGCCUUCAACAGAAACUUUGACUCGGUCCGGCAAUUACGCCACGGGAUAUGGAACAUCACAUCGGUACAGCGGAGCGCCGUCAUGUCGACAGAGCAGCCCAAGGUUGAGACGCAGACCAACUUUGUCCGGUCCCUGCAAGCAGCCAAGCUCCUCAACACAGAAUACACGCCAUUCGACAGCUGGUUCCGGUACAAGCUGCCAGGCGUCAUCUUUGACUCGGCAGUCGAGCCGGUGUGCCUGCUUCUCGAGCUGCCCUACUCGGGCCUUCUGCAAAACGCCAACGCGAGGAAGCUCAUCAGCAGCUUGCUCGAGGAAAUCAUCUCCGUCCUGCGACUCAUGCCCGAGAUUGGGCGCGCCGAGACGUACCACGAGAUUCUAGACAUCGACCGCGCGCAAAAGGCGCUGUACAAGCGGAUCCUGCGCCACAAGAGUCGCGAGAGCAGCUUGGUGCAAGAUAUCCGCCGCGGCCACCCAGUCAACGUGGACUACCUGAAUGGGUACUUUUUGCGCCGCGCCCACUCGCUCGGCGUCAGGGCGCCGACGAACAAGAUGAUGUGGGAUCUGGUCAAGGCCAAGAAUACGAUUGCCGCGGAACAGCGCGAAUCGUACGUGCGCAUCGAGGAGACGUCGGUGACGCCAGACAUGGAAGAUGAAUAUAAAGCGUCGUCUAGUUACUAG